AUGAAAUCCCUCGAAACUGGAUCAUUGACUCCCAUCCGACAACGCCCGUGGUUGGAUAUACCGAGUCCGGCAAACCUUGCAGAGUUCAAGAAAGGACGGGACAUCCAAAAGCUAUAUUCUUUAUAUUCUUCGGACAUAUUGUUUUCCUACGCCGGACUACACGAUAUUUGGCGAGAGAGAGAGGAGCAAAUCAAGGACACGUGGAAGAACCUCGCCACAGAGGAACGAGAAAGAUUGCUAAAUACAUGGGAGGGAAUAAAUCUUCGGCAUAGAGAAGACUUUCUAGGCAUUCUACAGCAUGGCGCAGACCAAAAAGUCAGUCUCGCUGUGGCGAGGGCCAGGGACCCGCCAACACCCCUCCAGGAUGGCAAAUUAAGUUGGCCAAAUAUCAGCAUAGAGGAUUUGCAGAGAGGAGAUGUCUUGCUUAAAUUCAUCGAGGCCCGAGCAACUAUGGAGCCCUUCUAUUAUGUGUGGGAAGAUGCCCAAUCCGUCGCUCCCGGGCUUGCGAUGCAGUGGAUGGAGAAAUUGCCGGCAGAGUACGUCAUGGCUUUUCCACAGAUUAUGAAUCCUCGUAAUUACGGAGAAAUGGUAAACAUACAUCUGUUGGCAGAAAAAUGCUCGACGCUUAAUCAAGAGGUGUUUGGAGGAAACACUCCAAUUGAAUUCCGCGGUAACCUAGAACGGCUUCUCUUUGGAAAAGAUGCAGAAGAGGGGGUCUCUAUGAUGAAAUCACAGGCACAUGUGUACUUAUUCCUGCAUCAUAUGUGUCAUUCAAUUGUCGACUACGAACCAUUGGGCCUACUGAGUGAAAGCGAGGGCGAGCAAUCACAAAACAACGAGGAUGAAGACCUGGACCCACUAGUUCGCUUACUCAUGGAGCAUGAGUAUAGUCGUCCUGGCAGUGCUGAUAUGAAUGCAAUGUUGGAUUUAAUUUCAGCGAAGAUCCGUGAAAGAGAAGACACAAUAAUGUCAAUGAGAACAGACCCAGCUUUCUUUGAGACUCUUCUUGGGCAGACUGAAGACCUCCAUCCAGAAAAGGUCUGGGUUUCUGGCAAGGGCCAUAAUAAGAUGAACAGUGAUGCUCACGAAAGACUCCUUAGAGAGAGCAUAAGGCCUAUGUUUUUUCGGGUACUUGGUGAUUAUACGGCAUGGAGUGAGAUACACAGUCGCUUUCUGGACGUGAGGAAUAUUAUGGAAAUCUAUUCAGAGCAACUAAAAAACAGCAAAGGCCGACCAGAGGAGCUAAUUCCUACUUCUGUCAGGGAUCGCUGUAGGGAACUGAUAGGUAUACUCGAAUAUCAAAUGAUUCAAGGAUUAGAAAGCUUUGCUCAGGACCUCGCCGCAUGUCCGCUCUAUCGUCAUGCAUUCACUCGAAGCAAGUCCAAGAAUAAUGUAACUGGCAGGUUUGACAUUCAUUUACGUGCCACGACAUGGGGGGGAUAA